GCCCGAGGCUGUCAUAAAUUGAGACUGUCUUGUGUAAAGACCAGCCGGCCUGGCUCCAAAUUCAGAAAUCUGCAGGCUUCACCUCCUGAAACUUCUUCUUUUCAUGUGAAUAUCAUGCCGGCUGAUAUCAGGAGUUUCUUUGGUGGCAAGUCGAGCCAAGGCUCCGCCUCGUCUCCUACGAAACCGCCUGCAAAAAAAGAGAAACAGACCCCAGCCCGCAAUAAGCGUGGCAGGAAGGUUGUCAAUGACAGCGAGGAUGACGAUGAUGUCGUGGUGACCGAUGCCCCGGUCUCCAGAGCUAAGCCUUCGAGCAAGUCGAAGCCUGCAGUGCCAGAAGGCGAACCUACGACGGCCUCGGACUAUUUCGCAUCUAGCAAGAAGAAAGGACGAACUAAAUCCAGUAACGCAGAUACCAAUAACAAACCAUCCAAAAGUAGCGCUACGAAGACGGAGAGUCCAGAAGCUACCGUGGGGACUGCGGAGCAGAAAGACGCAACCAGAGCUGGGUCUCGCCGUGACACGAACAAGGCUACUGUGCGUCUUGACGACGAAAAGCUGGGUGAUGACGACAUUUUUGCGACCGAGUAUGGCAAGGCGGGCAAAGGGAACGACGAUUAUAAAGAGGAAGAAGAUGACGAUGACAGCGAUGAUUUUGAUCCCUUGGCGAAACCAGUAAAUGGUGCUCGGGGCAGGCCAGUGUCCAAAAAGCGUUCUGCACUUGGUGAAGACGAUGAAGACGUGAUUAUGGAAGAUGCCCCCCGGCGACCGGCGAGCGCAGCCAAACCUGCAACCUCUCAAACGCAAAGGAAACGAAAGUCUGAAGCAGUUGAUAAGGAUGACGAUGAUAUCCAGGCCACCUCAAAGAGUGUCGGUACUGGAGCAAGAUCCAAAAAGCCAAAGGCGUUAACCGCCAAACAAGAUCAGUCAGAUAGCAAAGAGAUUCAAGAUAUCUUCGACAGCAUCCCGACAAUAAAAGCUCCGUCGCCCCCGCCUCCACAAGGUUCUGACGAGAAGAAGAAGUUCGUUUUCGGAGGAGGGAAAUCGCGAGACCCUGUUUCUGGGGGCGCCGAACUACCUGUUGGAGCGGAAAAUUGUCUUGCAGGUCUAACGUUCGUUUUCACAGGUGUUCUUGACACCCUAGGCCGCGAAGAGGGCCAGGCUUUAGUCAAGAGGUAUGGCGGUAAAGUCACAACAGCACCCAGCGGUAAGACAAGCUUUGUUGUCCUCGGAAGCGAUGCUGGGCCAUCAAAGCUUGCCACAAUCUCGAAACACAAACUGAAAACAAUUAGCGAAGAAGGCCUAUUUGAACUCAUUCGUCGUCUUCCCGCAAACGGCGGCGAUGGGAAAGCUGCUGAAAAGUAUGAAGCGAAGAAAAAGGAAGAAGAUGAGAAGAUUCGGAAGAUGGCCGCUGAGAUUGAUGCGGAAGAGAAACGUAAUGAAGCUGAGAGACGGAAAGAAGUCAAAAGCGGCCAAACCACUCAGGAUGUCAAGGACAAAAAGGAAAAUAACGCCGAUGACCAACUCUGGACCUCAAAGUAUGCACCUACAUCUCUGAAUAUGAUAUGCGGCAAUAAAGGAGCGGUUGAGAAACUUCAAGCUUGGCUCAGGAACUGGCGAAAAAGCGCAAAGGCGAACUUUACAAAACCGGGCAAGGACGGAUCUGGGCUAUAUCGCUCUGUGAUGAUACAUGGCCCUCCUGGAAUUGGUAAAACUACCGCGGCGCACCUUGUGGCAAAACUUGAAGGUUACGAUGUUGUGGAAUCGAAUGCCAGUGACACCAGGAGUAAAAAACUCGUCGAGAGUGGUCUUCUAGGUGUCCUGGAUACGACUUCACUGCAGGGGUAUUUCUCGACUUCAAACAAAAAGGUUGAAAGUGGCAAAAAGAACCUUGUGCUAAUCAUGGACGAGGUGGAUGGUAUGUCUGCUGGAGAUCGAGGAGGUGUCGGAGCGAUGGCUGCGAUUGCGAAGAAGACACAAAUUCCUCUCAUUCUCAUCUGCAAUGAGCGACGCCUCCCAAAAAUGAAGCCCUUUGAUCACGUCACAUUCGAAAUUCCGUUCAGAAGGCCAACUGUCGAGCAGGUUCGAGCCCGCCUUCUGACCAUCUGCUUUCGAGAGAAAAUGAAAAUACCACCGCAAGUCCUGGAUAGUCUGAUCGAGGGAACACACGCAGAUAUUCGACAGGUGAUCAAUAUGCUCUCAGCAGUCAGAUUGGAUCGGAGCGAGCAGGGCGACCAAACCGGCCAGGAUUAUUCUCUCGAUUAUGACCAGGGAAAGCAGAUGUCGAAAGCAUGGGAGAAGCAUAUCAUCCUGAAGCCAUGGGACAUUGUUGGAAAAAUUUUGAAUCCACAAAUGUUCAGUCAAAGCUCGACGGCUACGCUCAACGAUAAAAGUGAGCUGUAUUUCAAUGACCACGAGUUCAGCUAUCUUAUGCUCCAGGAGAACUACCUUAGGACGAAACCGACACGUGCCAAUAACUAUGAGGGCAAAGAGCGUAAGUUAAAGCUGCUGGAAUUAGCAGAUAAUGCUGCCUCGAGCAUAAGCGAUGGAGAUCUCGUCGACAGAAUGAUUCAUGGCAGCCAGCAGCAAUGGAGUUUGAUGCCAACGCAUGCUAUUUUCAGUUUUGUGCGUCCGGCUAGUUUUAUGUUUGGUAAUAUGAUGGAGCGGCCUGCCUUCACCAGCUGGCUCGGGCAAAAUAGUAAACAAGGUUUGAUCAUCGUCUUUGGAGUAAUUGCACGCGAGGCUGAUGUUGUACACGCAGGAAAACUCUCGAGAUAUGUGAAGGAAAUCCAAGGACGCAUGCGGCUUCGCGCCUCUGGAGAUCGCCACGAGGUCCGACAGCAAUACAUACCACUAUUAUGGGACAGACUCGUUAAGCGGCUGAUGGUAGACGGCAAAGAUAGUGUUGAAGACGUUGUUGAUUUUAUGGACAGUUAUUUUCUUACCAGGGAUGACUGGGAUGCUCUUGUCGAGCUCGGACUUGGGCCUAUGGAUGAGUCUAAAGUCAAGCUGGAGACGCAGACCAAAGCCGCCUUCACGCGUGUUUACAACCAACGCUCACACCCGCUUCCAUAUAUGAAGGCUAGCAAUGUUCUUGCGCCGAAGAAGGCGCCGAAGGAAAAACCCGACAUUGAGGAUGCCAUCGACGAGUCGGACGAGGAUGACGUCCUUGUGGACGACACUAAAGAUGACGAAGAUAGCGACGAGAUUGAUCUCAAGAAGGACAAACUUAUUCGUGUGCCUAAGAAGUCUACCGCUAAGAAAAGUUCAAAGAGCAGCACAUCAGCGAAAGGCAAAGGAAAAUCCAAGAAGACAAGCGCGGACGAUUUCAUCGACGACGAGGACGACGAUGCGCCGAAGCCAAAGAAAGCGCGAGGCAAAAAAGCCAAGUCAUAACUUGAUUGGCAAUAUCAGGCCUCUAUUAUUCCCAUGUUUUUGAUAUUUGAUUUGGGGGAUAUCAUGGCCGCAACUUGAGCGAGAGUGCGACAUGGACUGGAUGUAUGUUAGUUGUAUAAUUACAUGUAUCACGGCUCAUCGUGAUAUUCAACGAAUAGGGGAUGAUUUUCUCUUUGAGCUGCCUUU